AUGAGCCAGGACACCAGGUUGCGGCACAAGAUCAUGAUCGGGUUCACCUGGGAGCCGGGAUAUGAGCUCAUAUCUGUCAGGAAUGAUCUGGUCACGUUUUGUGUGCAAGAACCGUUCAGAAAGCAGUCAGUUCAGAAAGAUACAGACAGACAGUCAGAAGUACAGUCCAGAAUCCAUGUUAGUACCAGUAAAACUGCAACCAGGCAGACAGUAUCAGUUCAGACACUGCACCAGGCAGUUAUACAAGUAUCGACCCAGUGUAACUUACCCCUUCAAACCGCAAUUAUUGAGUGUGUUAGGGGCCGUGACAUGCGUCUGUCUUUACGUGAACUGCAUGAAGAAAGCCAGGAAAACGAAGGUCUUAUUUUGACGACAUGGGAGUUUUCAAACAGACGUCUGUUAACACAGAGCGCAUCUUUCGGACGGAGGGGUAUCCUGCAUCCACCACCCACUUCUGUUAUCCAAGUUCAUUGUGGCCGCCAGCUUUGGUACCUCUUUCAGUGUCGCGUUAAAAAGCAUGACAAGUUGAUACAUGCGUACCAUGACUGGGAUUCUGACUUCGUUAAUGACCCAAAGCAAUGGAAAGCAGAAGUUGUUGUCCUUGAGCCCAGUAAUGUCCUAGGACAACAUUUUUACACUACUACAACUUUGUCAAAAACUGUUUCGGGUCGGGUUGAUACUUAUAUACAUGGGGUCAAAAUCGAGAGAGUUCUGUACUUCCAACUGAGGGAUCUCCUCUUUCAACUGAUUUUGUACCUUGAAGAUGGGCUGAACACUGAUAGCAUAGAAAAUGAUUUGUCCAAAUUCAAGGUCAAUACAGCUGAAGGGCUUCUUGACAUAGUUGCACUCAGCAACUUGCUCCUCUCUCUUCCUGCCUUAGACAUUGUCACUAUUUUUGAUGCUCGUAAACCAGAUGCAUAUUGGCCACUCAGCGAGGGGAGACGGGCAUAUUUUGACAUAAUAUAUUGUCUUCAGGAGCAGUACUCUCUGAUUCUCUUUCCCGACACACCACUUGCCCAUGAUGCAUUCACCAAACCUUUAGAUUCUCUGGUCUCACCUCGCAUUGCUGAUUUUGCAAAGACUUCUGCCAUUUAUUUUGCAUGGUCUUUGAUACUAUCUGCAAGGAAAGCACAGGGUUGGUGGAAGGUGUACUUGAAAGCCUUCAAACAGCCCACUUUCUUCAUCUGGCCAAGGGCCCGUCCACUUGAUGCAACUGUAGAUGAAUGGGCAGUGAUGGUGGUGAAAGAAAGAGUUGCUGAAGUCAUGCAAUCUCUGGACUGA